CGGUACCAACCAAGAAGCAACCAACCAACCAAGCAAUGAACCAAGGAACCAGGAAAGCUCUGCUGUUACUACUACUGCUGCUGGUGGGCGGUGCAUGGUCCCACCCGGCUGAGUGCGAUCCGUUUACCGGCGAUGACGGUCCGGUAUGUACGGUGCAGGUUGGCAACGGGCUACUGCAGCAACUCGGCACCCGGCUAACCGUCGCAUCCUCCUCCUCCUCGGCUCCACCGCCGCUCGAGUGCUCUACCGCCUGGACAACGCUACUGCUCCGGUUCCACGAGACGCACAAAAACCUCACCGACUGUGUGGAACGUGAGGAGCGCGCCCGGACCGAUCAAACCUCCGCCACCGACUUCUGCGAGCUGCUGCUCGAUGACGUACGGCGUCAGAUGCGCCAGGAACGGCAGCGCCUAACCAGCGAAUCCGAUCAGCGCCUUCAGGCCAUCCAGCUCGAGCUGAACGGGGAAAAGGCCCGCUCGGUACAGCUGACGGCCGAUGUCGGUGCCGUACAGCAGGAGCUAACCCGGCUGUACCGGGAGCUCGUCCUCACCAACGUCGGCAUCGGUGAUACGAAGCAAGCGCACCGGUACUACCAACGCUACAACGAGCAGCAGCAGAAGGAGCAGCAAGAGAAGUCGCAGCAGAAAGCGAACCUUCAAUCGUUGUACGAAGCGCUGAUCGCGACCGUCUACCGGAAGGCCGCAUACGUGCACGAACGUGUAGGGCAUCUGCUCGAUUUCGUGCGCCAUCUCGGACCGGACGCACCGGACCAGAAGCUGACCAUCUACCGGUUACUGAAGGUGGAGCUGGAUAAGCGCACGCCCGCCUCACAACCCCAAACGCUCGUCAUGGCGUUCGAUGCGCUGAAUGGGACGGCACCGGACGCGUCGACGGCCGAUAGUCCACUGCACAAGUUCUACCUCGACACGUCCGGACCGAUCGUGCGUGCCUGGCAGCAGCAGAUCAUCGCUGGCGAGUGGCGCACGGUGCGGGACUUUGCCGAGCACUAUCCGGACUACUAUCAGCGCUGCUACCGGAUGCUGCUGACCGUCGAUGCGACCGUCUGGCGGAAGCUCGACUUUAGCAAGUACAUCCUAGUGGUUAACACGCUGCCCCGGUCAACCUUCCGGAUGGAAGCGUUCGAGUUGGUGUUUGGAUUGAUGCGCCGGUACGAACGGCAGGAUGCCGUACCGCUCGACCGGCUCAAGGUGCUCGCCGCGCACACCGAAAUCUUCGAAACGUUCAUCAAGAAGAAGGGUCUCGGGCAGGACGCACAGGACCGGCUGGCGAAGGUGAAGGAGCUGUUCAAGGGCUUCAAACCGAACACCGACUACGGUUACUACCUGAAGGAGUUCCAGAAGACCAAACCGAAGACGGGCUAACACCGACGACGGCAACAACAAUAGCAACAACGAUAACACAAGCAAUAAAGCAAUCGAUUUAGCAGCAGCA